CUUCCUUGCCAGUCACUCUGAUUUCCUGUUUCCCUUGUCUCAGGUGAGAAUCCUAGGGCACUUCUGCUCUCCUCUGUUCUCGGUGAAGAGACAAGUACAACUGCUGCCUGCUCUUCUCAUUUUCAAGGUUAUAGAUGAAACAACUUGCAAAACAUUCUUGAAACACGAAGCAAGAAGAGUAAUAUUUAAAAGUAACAUGAUCAUUAUACGUCUUUAUCCAUCAAUGUGGCUUCAUUCCACUAUCUCUUUUCUGUGCUUAUAUCUUUCAUGAAAUAUUGGAUAAGCCAAACUGCGUAGGAAGAAAUUUUCAUAGUCAUUCAUCUCUGCAAUGGGAAUGCUCAUGUUCAAGCGUAUCUUCUUUAGCUUUGUGGAGUCCAGUGGAGCAACACAGGCAGUGUUUACCUUCCUUCUGAUUCCGUGUUGCUUGACUCAGGAUUUCACAGCACCCCCUUUAAUCCCAAAUAUUUCUUUCCUCUGGGGCUGGAAUGUCCCAACUGAACGUUGUGCUACACAGUUUAAUGUGCAGCUAGAUCUGAGCCUUUUCUCUAUAACAGGAAGCCCCCUAAAAAGUGCCACUGGACAAGCCAUUACAUUAUUUUAUGCUGAUAGACUUGGUUACUAUCCUCACAUAAGUGAAAAGACUGGCCAAAGUAUACACGGAGGAAUCCCUCAGUUGGGAUCCCUACAAAAGCACUUGCACAAAGCCAAGAAUGACAUUUCCCAUUACAUAGAAACAGAAGGUGUGGGCUUGGCUGUCAUUGACUGGGAAAACUGGAGGCCUAUCUGGGCAAGAAACUGGAAACCUAAAGAUAUUUACAAGCGUCUGUCUAUUGAAUUGGUUCAGCAUCAACAUGUACAACUUAAUGACACAGAAGCAGCCGAGAGAGCCAAAGUAGAUUUUGAAAAUGCAGGAAAGUGUUUCAUGCUAAAGACUUUAAAAUUGGGAAAAUCCCUUCGGCCAAAUUAUUUAUGGGGUUACUAUCUUUUUCCUGAUUGUUACAAUCAUAAUAUUAAAAACCCCAGUUACAAUGGAAGUUGCCCUGAUGUAGAAUAUAAAAGAAAUGAUGAGCUCAACUGGUUGUGGAAUGAAAGCACGGCCCUUUUCCCAUCCAUUUAUUUGAAUAGCAAAUUAAAAUCUUCUCCAAAUGCCUCUCUCUUUGUCCGUAAUCGUGUUCAGGAAGCCAUUCGGGUUUCUAAAGUAUCCAGUGCUAAACAGCCACUUCCGGUUUUUGUCUAUACCCGUCCAGUUUUUACUGACUUGGAUUUAAAAUAUCUUUCUGAGGGUGACCUCGUGAAUACAAUCGGUGAAACUGUUUCUCUGGGUGUCUCUGGAAUGAUAAUAUGGGGAAGUCUCAAUUUCAGCCAAAAUGUGCAAUCUUGCACAGAGCUUGACAGUUACAUGAAGAAUACAUUGAAUCCUUACUUAAUCAAUGUCACCCUAGCAGCCAAAAUGUGUAACCAAGUGCUUUGCCAGGAGCGAGGAGUGUGUGCAAGGAAAAAUUGGAAUUCAAGCGACUAUCUUCACCUGAACCCAGUCAGUUUUACUAUUCAACUUGAGAAAAGUGGAAACUACACAGUACAUGGGAAACCCACACUUGAAGACCUGCAGGAAUUUUCCAACAAAUUUUAUUGCCUUUGUUAUGCCAAUGUCAACUGUAAGGAGAGAGCUGAUAUGACUAAGAUUCAUACCGUUAAAGUAUGUAUGGCUGAAGAUAUCUGUAUAGAUGCAUUUCUAAAUGCAGAACCCAGCAAUUACCAUUCCAGGUGGAAGAAACAUGACACUCUCGGCAAUAUCUUAUCCUCCAUCCUACCUUCCACAGCAUCUCCGUGUGUUCCUGGUCAAGAUCUCAGUAGGUGCCGCAAAGCCAGAUUUCUAGCUAGAGAAACUAGAGCCGACUCCAAAACCACCCAAGUGGGCUAUUAGAUUGUAUACAUUCAAAACAGAACAAAACAAAAAUAAACAACCUCUUCAAGUACAAGUUCAGUGCUUAUUAAAUUUUCUAUCUACAUACAUUGUUUUAAUAUAUUUCACAUUUAUAUACAUAUAUAUUUUAAUUUUUUAAUAUUAGUCAUUUUUGAGAGAGAGAUGGUGAGAGGCAGAGAGAGAGGGAGACACAGAAUCCAAAGCAGGCUCCAGGCUCUGAGCUGGCAGCACAGAGUCUGGUGCAGGGCUUGAACCCACAAACUGUGAGAUCAUGACCUGAGCUAAAGUCAGAUGCUUAACCAACUGAGCCACCCAGAUGCCCCUCACAUUUUUAUAUUUAGUAGUUUAGCUAGCUUAGAUUAUUUUUUUUGGGCAAGUGAUAAUGCCUAUAUACUGGAAAAUCUAUAUUUAAAAUGUGAAUCAAAACUCAUGGCCAAGAUAGUAUUUUGGUUUUAUGAGCACAGAUUGCUUUUUUCAUGAUUAAAUUGAACUUGUGAUUAUUAUUAAUUGCUAAACAAAGGAUAUGUUGGCUAGCACCUUUAAUUUACAAAAUUGUAGUCAAGAUAGUGUUACUUCUAAAUCCAUUGAUAUCACAUUUUGAUUUUGAAAAUCAAAAUAGAAUAUUGGUUAUUAAUGUUACAGAGAAUUUGUUUUGUAAGAUGAUAUCCAACUUUGUAUUAUUAUUUUUUUUUUUAGUGUUCAUUUACUUUUGACAGAGAGAGAGAGACAGAGAGACAGAGAGACAGAGAGACAGAGCAUGAGUAGGGGAGGGGCAGAGAGGGACGGAGACAGAGGAUCCAAAGCAGGCUCUGGGCUCUGAGCCGUCAGCACAGAGCCCGAUGCGGGACUCGAACUCACGGACUGUGAGAGUAUUACCUGAGCCGAAGUCGGAUGCUUAACCGAUUGAGACACCCAGGUGCCCCCCAACUUUGUAUCUUCUAAUUGCCAUGAAUCUAUAGCAAAUAUCUUACAUACAGAGAGUGUAUAUGUAGAAGUAACAGGUAUCUGCUAUAUUCUUGGCUCAAUCUAUCAAAGACUGAAUGUAAGGCCUAUAGCACUUAGAGGCCAGUUUUCCACUGAGACAAGUGAAGAUUUAAAUAACGCCAAUUCACUGCAAAUGAAUGUCUUUAUAAGUAGUUUGUAAUUUGUAAUAAACAUGUCAAGAAAUUAUUAUGGUAAUAACCUAUCUUUUUAAAAAGUUUUUAUUUAUUUAUUUUGAGAGACAGAGCACAGGAAGGCAGUGAGAGAGGGAGAAAGAGACGAUCCCAAGCAGGCUUCACACUGUCAGGACAGAGCCCAAUAUGGGGCUCGAACUCACAAACGGGGAGAUCAUGACUUGAGCCUAAAUCACAGUCGGGCGCUUAACCGACUGAACUACCCAGGUGCCCUGGUAAUAAACUUUAUCUUUUAAAAUGUAAUAUCUUAAGUGUAUUUGUCUGUCUCAAGCACAGAACUACGGAUUUUAGCCAUUUCAUCUUGACAGUUUGUUCGAGUUAUGCUUUAUAAAAAGGUAACCUUUAAACAGUGAUUAUCCUGUCAACUUGGUACAUGGUUUAAUAGGUAUUCAGUACAAGUAUAAACAAUAGCCUUAUUUUCUUUCAUUCAUGAUGGUCUUUGAUAAUCUUGUGUGCUUAAAUGGCCUUAUUUCAUCUGAGCAUGCAUUCCCAUCCUUCAUGAAGUAUUUACUGAAUGUUUACUCCCUGCCAGUCUUGGUAUUAAGUGUCACAGAUUUAAGGUGAAAUAGCAUGGCUCUUGCAUCAGUGAGUUUGUCAUCUAUUUGAAGAAGACAGAUAUUGACAGUGGGAAAUGACAACACAGUCUGUGAUAAAUGCUAUUAUGGAAGUUCAGCAUGCUCUGGCAUACAAAUAAGAAUUUGGAGGUGCCAGAGGAAAAAUUCAAGGAUGUCAUGAAAGAAAUGAUGUGUCCACUACUCAGAAGACUGAAGAACGGUUAGAGGGGGGGCACAAGACAAAAAGAACUUCGGAAAGACUGAGUGUAGUUUUUACCGUGGCAUACAGUAGAUGAUGACCAAAUGGUGAAAGCCUUUGUCUGCCAAACGAAAGUUUGGACUUUACAAGGAAGACACUCCCAGACUUCUUAACCUGCCCUGUUUUUCCAUGCCUACCUAUCACAGUAUGCUACAUUUAUCUGUUUUUACUCUCCAUCACCUCCCUAUAAUGUAAGCAUCAUGAGGGCAGCUGUUUUGUCUACUUUCCUCUGGUGAACAGUAGCUGGG